CCUGAACAUUUGCCAACUUGCACGACUAGCCGAAUAUUGCUGAUAGCGCACCGUCUUCCUGACGUUCGGUGCAUCCUGAUAUAUAUCCAGCAGCAAUCUACGCAGAACAUAUCCGUACAAGGUCCGCUUUCAGUCGCCCAUCCUACCAAUACUCUCCCCCCCACAGAAUCACAGCGACCAUGUCAUCCUCAGUCGACGAGGAAGCCACCAUUUCCAUUCCUAGCCUUGCUUUUGUCGCCGUUCUAGGCUACUUCAUCUAUCGAUACUUUUUCUCUUCCUCACCCAGAACCGGCGCAGAUGGCAAUCCUUCAUCGUCAUCCAGAAACAACGGCCUCCGGUUUACUCCGGCGCAAGUCGACCAGAUAGCCCAGAUGUUUCCGCAGCUGAAUCGCAGAGACAUUAUGUGGGACUUGCAUCGGAAUAGAGGGAGCGUGCAGGCUACGACGGAAAGAGUCUUGACGGGGCAAGGGUUGGAUCCGGCUCCACCGUCUUUCCAGCCGCAGAUAUCGUUUACAAACCCACCUGCUAAUGUCGCAACGUCGUCCUCUGCAGCAAUGCUGAAAUCUCUUCCUCCCGACCUUAUCACGCGAUACAAUUUGCAGGCCAAACUCAAUUCCAAAGGCAAAGAAAGAGAGGAAGAAUCCCCACCCCCGGGCUGGGCAAGCAGCAAAGAAGCCCGCCAAAAGAUGCUACAGCGAAGAAGAGAUGAGAUGAUCUUGGAGGCAAGAAGAAAACUCCAAGAGAAGGAUGGAGGAAAUGCCGCUUCCCAGCCCUCGUGACAUCUCCUGCUCCCAUGUUACGGGUCCUCGAACGAGCGAUUCUUCUGGGGGUGACUUUCAUGGGUUUGGUGUCCAUGUAUGAUUCAAUGAACAUAAUUCUUUGCGAGCUGUGGAUGAGGAUUUCAUGUCAUUUCGUCGUCUUCGUCGUCCUCAUUAUAUCUUCUAUUUUCC